CAAAUUGUGAGUUACAGUCCUUAAAGCAAUUACUAUUUUGGGACGAAAGGAGUAGAUAAGGACUACUAAGCUGUAUGGUUGUAGCCGGUUUACCCCCUUGUACCACUUUGGUGUAGGCAGAAGCAACCUUAUAUUAAUGUACUCAGCUUUUUGUUUUUUUGAUUUUUUGGUCCUGUGAUAUGUAUAGUUCUUUCAUUUCUUCGCAUCACUCAAUUGAUUAUCUGCUGGGCAUCCACCCAGCACAAAUGCAAGGCUUGCGACUGGAAACUUCGCGCGCGAUUCCAACCUAGAGAACGAUACUGUCAGGAGUUCUGGGCGGCGGCCUGGUGUCUGGCGAACCAUUUUCUCAUUCCUUCAACACAAGAAAAGCUUCCAUUCUUGAACGUAAAGCAACAAACCAUUUUCUUUCUUCUUAUAAAAUGGACAUCACAUUGCAAUCUCCAAACUUCCACACCAUCUCUUCGUCCACUCUAUACUCUUCUCUCAAGAGCAAAACUACUAAUAAACAAAAAAAACAAAAACAAAGUCAUCCAAAUCAGAAAAACAAACUCUCAUUCCCAAAAUCAUCUCCAACCCCACUGUUGAUCAACCAAAAACCCUACCCCAAAACAAAACUCCAAGCCCUUGAUGCUGUCGUCGACGACCUCGAGUCAUCCAUCGACAAUGGCAUUGAAGUAGAGACCCAUAUAUUUGCUUCUCUUCUUGAGACAUGCUUUCGCUUGCAAGCCAUAGACCAUGGUAUACGAAUUCACCGCCUAAUACCCAAAAACUUGUUACGCAAAAACGUUGGCCUCUCAUCAAAGCUACUCAGGUUGUACGCUUCGUGUGGGCACAUCGAAGAUGCUCACCAGGUGUUUGAUGAAAUGGCUAAACGAAAAACAUCGGCUUUUCCGUGGAAUUCGCUCAUCUCAGGGUAUGCUGAAUUGGGUCUGUAUGAAGAUGCAUUGGCGCUUUACUUCCAAAUGGUGGAAGAUGGCGUUGAACCUGACCAGUUCACUUUUCCUCGUGUGUUGAAGGCUUGCAGUAGACUUGGGUCUAUUCGAAUUGGCGAGGAAGUUCAUCGUCAUGUAGUUCGUUAUGACUUUUGGGAUGAUGGGUUUGUCCUCAAUGCGCUUGUAGAUAUGUAUGCCAAGUGUGGUGAUGUUGUGAAGGCUCGAAAGGUCUUCGACAAGAUUGGAGAUAAGGACUUGGUUUCAUGGAAUUCGAUGCUUACAGGUUAUAUUCAUCAUGGUGUUCAAGUGGAGGCACUGAACAUCUUUCGUCGGAUGCUACAUGGUGGUCAUGAGCCUGACUCGGUUGCCAUUUCCGCGAUUCUCAGUGGUGUGUCGUCGCUGAAACUUGGAACUCAAGUUCAUGGAUGGGUUAUUCGGCAUGGAAUGGAAUGGAAUUUAUCUAUUGCGAAUUCUUUGAUUGUUGUGUACUCUCAUCAGGGCAACUUGGAGCGAGCGUGCUGGGUGUUUGAUGAAAUGCCUGAAAGGGAUGUCGUGUCCUGGAAUUCAAUAAUUUCAGCUCACUGUAAGGAUCCGAAAGCUCUCAUUUACUUCCAGCAAAUGGAAAGUGCCGGUGUGUUGCCAGACAACAUCACAUUUGUGUCAUUGUUAUCGGCAUGUGCUCAUUUGGGCUUGGUGGAGGACGGUGAGCGGAUAUUUUCAAUUAUGAUAGAGACGUAUGGGAUGAGUCCGAUCAUGGAACACUAUGCUUGUAUGGUGAAUCUUUAUGGAAGGGCUGGAUUCGUUGACAAGGCUUACGACAUUGUGAGGAAGAGAAUGGAGUUUGAGGCCGGUCCAACCGUGUGGGGAGCGUUGCUCUAUGGUUGCUAUCUUCAUGGCAAUGUGGACAUAGGAGAGAUUGCUGCCGAAAGUCUUUUUGACUUGGAGUCCGAUAAUGAGCAUAACUUUGAGCUUUUGAUGAAGAUUUAUGGCAACGCGGGAAGAUUGGAGGAUGUAGAGAGAGUGAGAAUAAUGAUGGUAGAGAGAGGGUUAGACUGAAACACACAACUAUGGUUUAAAACCCUCAAACCAAAUUAUGACAAUGUGAAUUUUUUAAUUAAUUUAAGGAGAAUGUAAGGGGUUGUGCUAGCCAAACAAUUGUAAUAUGUUAUGGAGCAGGAUCUACAUGUUGAAUUGGACCUGCAUCUCAGAAAACCAUUGAUCCAAGUGAAAUUGGUUGUCGCUCAAGUAAGUCAUUUGUAUAUUUAAGGAAAUUAAUUAUUUAAAACUAUUCUUGUAACUGGGAUAUAUGUGAGAAAAUCAAUGUCAAAAAGAAUUUUUUAUAAUUAUUCAAUA